AUGGCGAUUUCCCCUUCUUCUCGUCUUCCCCGUGCCCUCGCUUUCCUGCUGUCGGCGGGUCCUCUGCUUCUUCUGGCGCUCUACAACUACCCGUGGUCCUUGCUUGACGACGGUUCCCAGGACAUCGCCCAGGUCGCGGGAAAUUUCCUCGCGGCCUUCGUGUACGGAACCUCCGCCAUCGUCUACAUGGUUGCCUGCCAAGUUACCAUCCUCUUGGCCCUAUACUAUGUGUACAAGGUUCAUGGCGACCAGAAGAAGCACUGGGCCCGUCUUGCGGAUGUGAAUGCGCGUCACCGCUCCGAAAAGACCGGGCUCCAGAUCGAAAUCCGCCUGUUGCGUAAGGAUCUUGCCCGCUACACCGACGAGGCUGCCUCGGCGCUCUGGAAGGAGGCUCGAGAGCCUUCGGUGCUGUUCGGAUCAUCUGCGCCUGAGAUCGCCAGGCUUAACGACGACCUCCGCGCAGCAAACAGGAAGAUCGAAGAGCUGGAGGCCGCCGCCGAGGCCGCAGCCGAGGCCGCCGAGCAAGGCCCUGAUUUGCUUUCCCAGUACGAGUCGAAGAGUGCGUACCUGCAGAGCGAGGUCGACCGCCUGCAGAGGGACAACUCUCGGCUCCAAAAGAAGGCAUUUCUCUGGGAUCGGGUUAUGGAAAUCGGCAAAGGACUGACGGCGUCUGUCCAGCAGGUGGUUCGGGUUUUCGAGGCCCGUGUUAAGGUGCGCAAGCACCUCAGCACCAAGGCCAGCCUGAACCUGCGCGCACUUGGGCGUCGCAACACCUCCCUGCUGGUCAUGAUCCGCCACCUUACCAGCCAAAUCAAGAAGGUCACCUCCGAGCACGAAGAGUUGAAGUCUCUGUACCUGAAACAGGCCGACCUUCCUCCCAAGUUCCAGUCUACAGCUGAGAGGCAGGCUGCCAUGCUCAAGGACUUGACUUGGCGCAACAACGUGGAAGUGAAGUACCGUCUACGGACCACUAUCCGCCAGCAGGAAGAGGUGUUGGCCGAGCUGCAGACAACGAUCGAGCAACUCCGACAAGACAACGCCCGCCUUGAGGCCGAGACGCUGUGUGUUCGGUGCAAGCGUCCCCUCCACGGCAACGGUAGCUCGGGCUCGGACGACUCGGACGGACCUCCAGGACCCCCGGGACCUUUCUCAGGCGGCUCUGACAACGGCAGUAAUGGAUCUGGAUCUGACGAGGACAAGAGCAGUCGUGCCGGUGCGAAGAAGGUUCACUUCGCUGACCUUGGAAACAAUCACGACGACGACGAUCCCAAGGACGAUGGAGGAGAUGACAACGAUGGACAAGGUGGCGCCAUUUCGGAGGUUGCUGUCGAUGUCUCUUCGGAGUCUCAACAUAAUGAUCAGCAGCAACAGGAGCAGGUCCAAGUCGAGGAGGAUUUGGUGGCCAGUCACACCCACCCCGUCUACGAAGCCUCUUUGGAGCCUCACCACAGCGAUCAGCAGCAGCAGCAGCAGCAGCAGCAGCAGCAGCAGCAGCAGCAGCAGCAGCAGCAGCAGAUCCCAGCUGUUUCAGCAGUCGAAGCCCCCAGUAUGACUUUGACCUCGCAGCCGGUUGAUAUCCCAGUUCCUACCGAGGCAGAGAUCUCUGAUACAGCCAUGACAGCCAGCAGCGAGGCACCAAUGGACCAUCCUGUCGACGUAGCUGCACAGGACCCCGUGGCAACGACAGAUCCGAACAUCACUCCCGUCGUAGAAGACCCAGACGAUGGCUGGGCUCACUAUUCCAUGGAAGUUCCGGAUUACAAUGAGAUUCCCGACAUUGAUCACAACUUUGACCCCUAUGACGAGGAUGAAAAAAUGGAAGAUGCAGAGCCAAACGAUUUCCCCGAGGACGACCAAACUCAAGAGCCUCAUAACGUCGAGGACAUGGAGUGGGACAGCACGGAGCCUGGUAUGGACUCCCAGUCUGACUUUGCUGCCAACGCUGGAGUGGCUACGCAGAGCCUUGUGUCGCCUAGCCGUUAUGAUGAGCAGAUGGAGGUCGAUGAACCUUUCGACGCCCCGCCCAGAUUCUGGAACCAAGGGCAGCCAGUCGAGCCUGGCCCUUCGAUGUCCGCCGCUGCCCGUGAGCCCAGACCUUCGCAGUAUACAGUCUCUGCUUUUCCCUCGCGGCCUGUCUUUGGUGGUCAAUCACAGCCAGAGAUGCAGCAGCCGUCCUUGUUUGGCAGUCCUAACCCACCAAGGCCCUCGCCCUGGACAGCCUCAGCUCAUCCUUCCCAAUCUGCGCUCGGUAGUCAAAACCAAACAGCCACGCCUAGUUCCUCGAGUUUCUCUGCUUCCUUCAGGCCUACACAAUUCACUACUUCUGCUUUCUCACCUCGGCCGGCACUGGGCAGCCAAGAGCAGACAGCUCCGCGCCAGAUAGAUGCGCAACAGACGGCGGCUCCUGGUUCCUCAAUCUUCGGCACUGUUCCUGGGUCCUCACAAUUCAGGAUCUCAGCUCUGCCCUCUCGCCCUGUUCUCGGCGGGCAAGGAGAGCCCGCUUCGCGCCAGACUGAUGCCCCUGGAUCCUCAGUCUUUGCCCCUACUCCUGGUACUUCGCAGUUCAGGAUCUCGGCUCUGCCAUCUCGCCCGGUAUUCGGCGGCCGAGGAGAGCCCUCUUCGCGCCAAACAGAUGCGCCUGGGUCCUCGGUAUUUGCUCCUGCUCCGGGCACCUCGCAGUUCAACAUCUCUGCCCUACCUUCUCGGCCUGUGCUCGGCGGUCAAGGCCAGACAGCUGUACAACAGCCAGCUCCGCAACAGACAAGCGCGUCUGGUACUUCUGUUUUCGCUGGUCCCCGUCCCGCGCCGCAGUCUACUGUCUUUUCUCUGUCUCCCCGGCCUGUACUCGGUGGCCAGGGCCAGACUGGUGCGCCAGGUCCUUCUUCGAGCAUGCAGGUACACCAGGCAGCCGGUCCACUGCCCUCUCCGCCGCCGGAGCAUGUCUCCCCAUUCGCCUCCAACCAAGCCGCUCGGGAUGAGCCAGGUCAAGACGAGGUUGGAGGCGGAUGGAGAGACGUGCUCCGGCGGCAACAAGCCAAGCGACGGCAGCAAGCCAACAGCACAGCUGGUCCCUCUGCGGGUCCAAACUCCGUCUCCUGGCCGCUUGGUACCAAGCGGUCCAUACUACAGGAGCGUAACCAAGACGACCUCUCAGACUCUGAGAGAGAGACCUUGAGGCGUCAAGGUAUCAAGAGAGUUUGCCGUGACCCAAACUCACCCGCAGAGGAGGCCAUGGCUGUGGCCGAAGCUAGGCCCACGGGUCAGGAGACUCCGGUGUCCAAUGUCGACGGUCACGAUGCUGCAACUUCAGCAGCAGCCGACUUGGACGUUCCAGGGUCCUCGGAUCAGACACGCCAAGCAUCUUCCGAACCGAAUGUUGCAAGCCCACAUGCUGCGGAUGUAGCAGAGGCUCAUAACGGCGUGCUCAUCAGCGAGGCUUCAGCCCAGAGCACUGUCGCUGCCGAUGCUACAAUCCCGGCAAACAACCUAGGUUCGGAAGACGCUGAUCCAGAGGACAACGACUUGGAUCUGGAAGACGACCACCCAGAUACAGAGGUGGAUACAGAACCAGAAGUCAACCUGGAGCCGGAGGAGGCCUCCCCGGAAGCAGAGGUCCAGCCAGACACCGAGGCCCAGCAAGGCUCUGCCGUCGAACCAGGCGCAGAGGCCCAACCAGGCGCCGAAGCCGCCCGACAAGGCGCCCAAGUCGAGCCAGACCCAGAGGUUCAACCAUACGAGGUUGAACUAGAUUCAGAUAUCGACGGCUUGAUAGCCGGACUGGAAGUGGCACUCGACUUGGGCGCGCCGGCUUCGGUGGCCCCGGCCUCGGAUGUCCCGGCUGUGGCUGUCCCGGACGGGGGUCCGGCAGCCGAAGAUGAGCCCCUCCCCGAUUACGUCUCGGACGAGGAGGACCCUGCGGCCAACCCUCCCACCGCUGGCAGCAGCCUGCCCGGUAGCUCGGCCGGGCAGGUCACCCAGGCCAUGCGAGAAGAGGUGCGGCUUGCUCUCCAAAGGCAGCGCAGGAACCAGCGGGGCCCGCCGUUGCGACGGCCCCAGCCAAGAAGGCCCACUGCUGCGGACCUCAACCAGCAGGACGCCGACUACGAUGCCGACAACGACGAGGCAGGGCCCUCACGGGCCAGGACCGAACCACGGAGGCGUGAGGGGCUCGGUUCAGGAUCCUCGCGGCCCGGCCCCUCGGGUGGUGGACGCGUUGAAAAACGUGGUCGCCAACCGAGGAAGCCAAGAAAGGGCUGA